AUGCCCCAGCUCGUGGAAUGUGUCCCCAACUUCUCGGAGGGGAACAGCCAGGAGGUGCCGAGCCACGAGGACUAUCUCUCCUUGGCCAAAAGGGCACCUACCCCCAUCUCUGCAGGGGAGCACCCUCGGAUGGGCGCUCUGGAUGUCUGCCCCUUCAUCCCGGUCAGGGACAUCAGCAUGGAUGAGUGUGUGCUCUGUGCCCAGGCCUUCGGCCAGCGGCUGGCAGAGGAACUGGAGGUGCCAGUGUACCUAUACGGGGAGGCAGCGCGGAUGGCCAGUCGCCAGACCCUGCCAGCCAUUCGGGCUGGGGAGUAUGAGGCCCUCCCUGAGAAGCUCAAGCGGGCCGAGUGGGCACCCGACUUUGGCCCUGCCACCUUUGUUCCCAGCUGGGGGGCCACUGCCACCGGGGCCCGGAAGUUCCUCAUUGCCUUCAACAUCAACCUGCUCAGCACCAAGGAACAGGCGCACCGCAUUGCUCUCAACCUGCGGGAGCAAGGCCGCGGGAAGGACCAGCCAGGACUUCUGAAAAAGGUUCAGGGCAUUGGCUGGUACCUGGAUGAGAAGAACCUGGCUCAAGUGUCCACGAACCUCCUGGACUUUGAGGUCACAGCGCUGCACACCAUCUAUGAGGAGACCUGCAGAGAAGCGCAGGAGCUGAACAUUCCAGUCGUGGGCUCUCAGCUAGUGGGCCUAGUACCUCUGAAGGCUGUCCUGGAUGCUGCGACUUUCUACUGCGAGAAGGAGAACCUCUUCAUCCUGGAGGAGGAACACAGGAUCAGGCUGGUAGUGAACCGGCUCGGCCUGGACUCCCUGUCUCCCUUCAAUCCUAAGGAGCGGAUCAUCGAGUACCUGGUCCCAGAAGGCCAGCCGGAGCAGUGCCUGGUAAACAAGUCCCUGGGCGCCUUCGUCCGCGAGGUGGGAGCUCGCUCGGCAGCCCCGGGGGGCGGCUCAGUGGCAGCGGCUGUAGCGGCCAUGGGCGCGGCGCUGGCUUCCAUGGUGGGCCUGAUGACCUACGGGCGGCGCCAGUUUGAGCACCUGGACGCAGAGAUGCGGCGCCUGAUCCCGCCCUUCCAUAAGGCCUCAGCCCAGCUGACCGCGCUGGUGGACACCGACGCCCAGGCCUUCGCGGGUUACCUGGUGAGUUUCCACAGGCACGGAGACAGCCUAAAGGCUCAGGGACCAGAGCCAGUUCUGGGAAGUCGCAGAGUCCGACAGCACCAAGGUCUCGCCAGCAAUGCUGGGCGCCAGGGAAGUGCCCUGACGCCCUGGAAGAUGCAGGAGGACGGGACUGAUCUGGAAGCCUCCUCCAUCAGCGAGCACUCGGAGACCCGCCAGAGAGUCUCUAGCCUCCUGCAGGACGCCCAGACCCAGGCUGCGCUGGUGCUGGAUCGCCUGGAGGCCCGGCGGGAGUGA